GCCUUCGCCAUGGAGCAGUUGAGCACAGCAAAUACCCACUUUGCCUUGGACUUGUUCCGGGCCUUGAAUGAAAACAACCCGGCUGGAAACAUCUUCAUCUCUCCCUUCAGCAUUUCCUCAGCGAUGGCCAUGAUCUUUCUGGGGACCAGGAGCAACACUGCCUCACAACUGUCCAAGGCUUUCCAUUUCGACACAGUUGAAGAGAUUCAUUCAAAAUUUCAGAGUCUGAAUGCUGAUAUCAACAAACGUGGAGCAUCCUAUAUUCUGAAACUUGCUAAUAGAUUAUAUGGAGAGAAAACCUAUAAUUUCCUCCCCGAGUUCUUGGCUUCAACUCAGAAACUGUAUGGUGCUGACUUGGCCAGUGUGGAUUUUCAGCAUGCCUCUGAAGACGCAAGGAAGGCCAUAAACCAGUGGGUCAGAGGACAGACAGAAGGGAAAAUUCCGGAACUGUUGGCUGCAGGAGUGGUUGAUAACAUGACUAAACUUGUGCUGGUGAAUGCCAUCUAUUUCAAGGGAAACUGGCAGCAGCAAUUCAUGAAGGAGGCCACGUCCAAUGCACCAUUCAGAUUGAAUAAGAAAGACAAGAAAACAGUGAAAAUGAUGCAUCAGAAGAAAAAAUUUCCAUAUGGCUACAUCCAGGACCUUAAGUGCCGUGUGCUAGAACUGCCUUACCAAGGCAAGGAACUCAGCAUGUUCAUCCUGCUGCCAGAUGACAUCGAGGACGAGUCCACGGGGCUGAAGAAGGUAGUAACUCCCAGGCUUCUGAUGGAUUGA